UCCAGAGUGCGGCAGCCAGAUUUGUGGGAAGUCCGCUCCGCGGUUCCCUGGGCAACGCGCAAGCGCAGUUCCGCCCCUGGUUGCAGGGUCCAGCUCAUUGUGUCCGGACUGCGAUGCGGCGGCUGCGGUCUUUCCCCGCGGGCGGAGGCUUCUGGAAAGGGCAGCCCCGCAGUGACCAGGCCUGCAGACUUUUCUAGCCUGAGCAACCCGAAGCUUGCAAAGCUCCCCAGCUGCCUCCUCAACACUUUGCUUGUCCCUAAGAGUGCUCACUAGAGGAGAAGGAAUGGCUGUCAGCCACCUGCCAAAAACCAUGGUCCAGGACUCAGUGACCUUCCGGGAUGUGGCUGUCCUCUUCACCCAGGAGGAGUGGGGGCAGCUGAGCUCUUCCCAGAGGACCCUAUACAGGGACGUGAUGCUGGAGAACUACAGCAACCUUGUCUCACUGGGACUCUUGGGACCCAAACCAGAUGUGUUUUCUUACUUGGAAAAAGAUGGAGAAUGGAUGUCAGAGGAAGCCCCAGGCUUUGGUCUUGAAGGGAUGACCAUGGCCAUGAGUAGGGAAUCUGAAGAAGAACCAGAUCAAUGCACAGUGAAGGAAACACUUGCCAAGGAGAGUCAUUGGGAGCAUGAUAACCGGUUGAAUUGGCAAUGCCAGGAAGGUCAGCAGCUCAAGUUACAGCAAGUUGCCCUCACCCAGCGGAGCACCCCAUUGGAAGUUAGUGAGCAGGAGUCUUGGAAGGGCUGCUCUGUGAACUCAUUACCUGUUCAAAGUCAGAGAUCUCAACCAAGCAAAAAAGCUUUCAAAUGUAGUGAGUGUGGAAAAACCUUCUCUAAGAAUUCCACCCUGAAGAAACAUCAGAAAAUUCAUACUGAAAAACUUAGCACAAGUCAGAAAACACAUAUUAAAGAGAAGCGCUACGAAUGUAGAGAAUGUGGGAAAGCCUUUCACCAGAGUACACACCUUAUCCAUCACCAAAGAAUUCAUACUGGUGAGAAACCAUAUGAAUGUAAGGACUGUGGCAAGGCCUUCUCAGUGAGCUCGUCACUUACCUACCAUCAGAAAAUCCAUACUGGAGAGAAGCCUUUUGAAUGCAACUUAUGUGGAAAAGCCUUUAUCCGGAACAUACAUCUUUCCCACCAUCACAGAAUACAUACAGGAGAGAAACCUUUCCAGUGUAACAUUUGUGACAAAGCCUUUGUUUGCAGGGCGCAUCUCACUAAACAUCAGAACAUUCAUAGUGGUGAGAAGCCAUAUAAAUGCAAUGAAUGUGGGAAAGCCUUCAAUCAGAGUACGAGUUUUCUUCAGCAUCAGAGAAUUCACACUGGAGAGAAACCCUUUGAAUGUAAUGAAUGUGGAAAGGCCUUCAGGGUGAAUUCUUCCCUUACUGAACACCAGAGAAUUCACACUGGAGAGAAACCUUAUAAAUGUAGCGAAUGUGGCAAAGCAUUCAGGGAUAAUUCAUCCUUUGCACGACAUCGGAAAAUUCACACUGGAGAGAAGCCUUACAGAUGUGGUUUGUGUGAGAAAGCCUUUAGGGACCAGUCAGCCCUAGCACAACAUCAGAGAAUUCAUACUGGGGAAAAACCUUACACGUGUAAUAUAUGUGAGAAAGCCUUCAGUGACCACUCGGCUCUUACCCAACAUAAGAGAAUUCAUACAAGAGAAAAACCUUACACAUGUAAGGUCUGUGGGAAAGCCUUUAUCAGAAGCACACACCUCACUCAACAUCAAAGGAUUCACACAGGAGAGAAGCCUUAUAAAUGCAACAAAUGUGGGAAAGCGUUCAACCAGACUGCAAACCUCAUUCAGCAUCAGAGGCAUCAUAUUGGAGAAAAAUGAUAUGAAUGCAGUUUAUAUGGAAGAACUGUGGGAAUGAGGAAAUUGAUUAUUGAAUAUAAAAGAAUACAUAGUCACAAUGAAGUCUUCUAUCAGGAUAGUUGUAUUUACUGAGAACCAAGCUUCACAAUAUUGGUUUUGAAAGUUUAAGAAUGGCAAACAUGCCUCACUCUUUAGUACUGCCUUAGCUGAAUAGAAGUACUUUUUUAUUGUAUGACUUGAGUCAACAAGUAUUAGAAUCAAAAUGAAGCACCUUUAACAAUAUAAAUUGGUUUAUCACAUUUACAAUUUUUUAGAUAAUUGUAAAAAUUAGAGUUGAGCAAGGUGUGGUGGUGCACACCUUUAAUCCCAGCACUUGGGAGGCAGAGGCAGGCAGAUCUCUGUGAG